AUGGGCAGCGCCAGCCCCAGCGCCGCGCCCCCCGGCUGCCUGCUGCUGCCCCCCGACGGCCUGGAGAAGGGGGCGGCGCCCGAGAGACGGGCCUGGAGCCCCCGCCGCCCGGCCACCCCCGACCAGGGCCUGUCCGCCUUCUACCUCUCCUAUUUUGACAUGCUCUACCCCGAGGAGGGGACCUGGGCCGCCAAAGGGCCCCCGGCCAGCGCUCGGGAGGAGCCGCCCGAGGAGCCCGAGCAGUGCCCGGUCAUCGACAGCCAGGCGCCGGGGGGCGGCCUGGACCUGGUGCCGGGGGCGCUGGCCCUGGAGGAGCACUCGCUGGAGCAGGUGCAGUCCAUGGUGGUGGGCGAGGUGCUCAAGGACAUCGAGACGGCCUGCAGGCUGCUCAGCAUCACCGCAGACCCUGUGGGCUGGAGCCCCGGCAACGUGCAGAAGUGGCUGCUGUGGACCGAGCACCAGUACCGCCUGCCCCCCGUGGGCAGGGCCUUCCAGGACCUGGGCGGCAAGGAGCUGUGCGCCCUGUCCGAGGAGCAGUUCCGCCAGCGCUCCCCCCUGGGCGGGGACGUGCUGCACGCCCACCUGGACAUCUGGAAAUCAGCGGCCUGGAUGAAAGAGAGGACCUCCCCGGGCGCCGUUCACUGCUGCGCCUCCAACAGCGAGGAGAGCUGGACCGACAGCGAGGUGGACUCGUCCUGCUCCGGACAGCCCAUCCACCUGUGGCAGUUCCUCAAGGAGCUGCUGCUCAAGCCCCACAGCUAUGGUCGCUUCAUCCGGUGGCUCAACAAGGAGAAGGGCAUCUUCAAAAUCGAGGACUCUGCCCAGGUGGCCCGGCUGUGGGGCAUCCGCAAGAACCGGCCCGCCAUGAACUACGACAAGCUGAGCCGCUCUAUCCGCCAGUAUUACAAGAAGGGCAUCAUCCGCAAGCCCGACGUCUCCCAGCGCCUCGUCUACCAGUUUGUGCACCCCAUCUGAGGGCUGCGGAGGGCCCAGGCGUGACACCACCCUCAGGGCCCUCUC